GUUCAGUUCCUUCACAUUCCAGUGCUCUGCUAUGGUAGAAAUCCUCCACCGGGCAGAUUUUUCUAUCCAGACAAGAAGCAAGUUGUUUGCUGCUGGGAAAGAGAAGAGGAUUCAGUUUAGUGGACUGAUGCAGUGAUAAGUCUGAAGUGUUAUCACAAUCAAAAAGGAGAUUCAAGAAAUAAGCUAAACCAAGCCUCUCAUCUCGCCAAAGUGACUACAGAUGUUCUAUUCAGUAAGUGCCCAGAGCAAAUGUGGCUUACUGGGCGUGUGAAACCGACAUUUAAGAAGAGCUAUUGUUAAAUGCUGAAAGUGUAUUUGAAUUCAUAUUCCCUCUGGGUGGAUCUUCUGUUUCUCUGGAUUCUCCAAGUACACUUAGAGCUAAGUACACUUAGGCUUUCUCUAGCCCUGAGGGGCUCCCUCCAGAAACGGACGAUGACAAUGGACAAUGAUCUGUCUGCUAUCCACAUGGGUCAAAGGAAGUCAGGGGUGAAGCAGUGCCCAGGACAUGUUGGAAACUUGAAGCCAGGGUGCAACAAUGGCAAGUGAUAAAGUAUCUCUUCUUGUAAAGGGACUUUAUCAACUUAAAACAUAUCUUUCUGCGUGAAAGUCUCUGAUUCUCUCAUGUUACAUGAGUCACCACUCAGAGUCCAGACCAUUUAAGAAAGCAAAUAUUUGUCUCUGUUUCCAUUUGCUUACUGUGUGCAUUUGUCAGCAUUUUGUGCACCAUAAUUUUCAAUACAAGUAUGCAGUCAUUGAGAUUUGACUGCAUACUGCAAAAGAAGAGACAAAAAAACCCCAACAGUUUAAAAGACAAGCAAACAUGUCUGCAACCUACCAAACUAGCACCUAAACUCAUUGGAAAUCUCUCACAGUCAAGGAUGAUUGUUUUAUCUGUGGGUCAAAAGAUGGUUAAUGAGGCCUACCUGGGAUCAACAGACUGUUGCAGCUUGGGCACAAGUUUCUGUGUGGGGUGGGUGACUCUGGGUUCUUGGUUUGGUUCACGACAUGCUGUUUCUACUGCUCCUGUUUUUCCAUCUCCUGUUGUUGUCAUUAAGUUUCAAAGUAUUGAGACCUUUGCAGCAGACUCUCCCUCCAUUUGGGGCAGUCCUGAAUGAUAGUCUCCCACAAAUGGAUAUUGAUGCAACAUUUUUUCAAGCUGGCUUUGAGGAUAUCCUUGAAGCACUUUCUCUGCUAUCCACUUGAGCAUAUGCCUUGACUGAGCUGGGAGAAUAAAACUUGCUUUGGGAGUCAGGAGUUGGGUAUCUGGAAGAUAUGGCUGGCCUGGCAAAAUGGAUGUCGGAUGAGCAGUGCCUCACUGAUUAUGGUGUUUGGUUGCAAGAGGACACUAACAUUGGUGUGUCUGUCUCCCCACUGGAUUCAAAGGAGCUUCUGCAGGCAGUGUUGAUGGUACUUCUCCAGCAACUUGAAGUGUCUCCUGUACAUUGUCUGCAUCUCAGCUCUGUACAGGAAGGUGGGGACAACAACUGCUUGAUAACAAUGAUAACCCAUGAGCUUAGUUUUGGAUCUGAUGUCGCAAUCUUAAACCACCUGUUUCCUCAGGCAUUCAAAGGGUGCACUUGCAUAUGUGAGGUGAUGUUGGAUUUCUUUAUCAGUGUCAGCCUUCUGUAACAGAGAUGGAUUCCAAGGUAUAGGAAAUACUGUGUCCUCCAGAGUUUACUGUGAAUCUGAAUUACUGGAGCUGGAGACUGCUCAUUAAGAGCUUGUUGAUGGAGGAUCUUAGUCUUCUGAAUGUUAAGCAUCAGUCCCAUUUUCUUGAGUGCCUCAGUAAAGACGUUGAUGAUUGCCUGAAGGUCUGCUUUCAAGUGAGCACAGACAAACCAUCAUCAAUAUACUGUAGCUCGAUGAUUCAGGUCAAGGUGGUUUUGGUUUGGAGUUGGCUGAGAUUACACAGUUUACUGUUCAUUCAGUAGUUUAGCUCCACUUUGACUGGAAGCUUGUUGGUGUUCAGAUGUAGCAUCAUGGUAAGAAAUAUCGAGAAGAGCAUUGGAGUGAUGAUGUAGCGGUGACAUAUUUUGAUGGGCAUCCAUACUUCAGAAGGAUCCUCCACAGUGGAUCUUGCAUGAGAGUCGAAGCCUUUUGUGAGAUCAAAGAAGACCAUGUAGAGAGGUUUAUGUUUAUCCCAGCAUUUUUCCUCCAGCUGGUGAGCUGUGAAGAUCAUGUCAGUUGUGUCUCUUGAUGCCCUAAACCCACACUGGGAUUCCAGGAGGAGCUUUUCAGCAAAUAGAAGUAGAUGGCUUAGGAGGGUUCUCACAACGAUCUUUCCUGUGGUGGACAGCAAGGUGAUCCUUCUGUAAUUUCUUGAAGAUUGUCACAAUCAUGGUGUCCUAAACUAAUCUGCAGGUGAGGGACUUUUCAAGAAUUGCUUGUGUAAACACCAGUGUGUCUACCAUUUGCUAGUGAGUCAUGCCAACCUUGCACAGAAAGGCGCUCAUGAUAAAUGCAAUAACUCCAGGACAAAAACUGACCACAGUGGCACACUGAUUUUGGCUCUAGUUAUAGCAGUGCAAGCCCUCCUGUUGGCAUUUCCUGUCGCCAAGAUGAUUGUAAGGCCACAAUCAUCUUCAGAAUUUCAGUUGAAAAAUACUGUCCUGGCUUGCAAAUCCUGAAGAUGCCUUCUGAUUAGAUCAACUUAGAACUGGAGCAAGGAUCUUUCUGCCAGGGGAAGGAUGGAGAGGAGGCUGAAGAGGAACAAAAUUGCAGCUUUGAGGAGCUCCAGCAGAAUGGAGAAGAUGCAGUAACUUUCCAAGUCCACUCUCUACUGUUGCUGAUGCAGUGGAUUUAAUAUCUUGAACGCUUUCUGUGAGGAUUUUACAAGGAAAAUGCCAAGCUAGAGAUCAAAAGAGAAAGCCCGCUCAUUAGAGAAGAAUGACUGGCUUGUCCUGCCUUCCUCAGAAAUACUUAGGUUGCUAUCCCUGUUCAGGAGGACAGAAAGUGUCAGGGGAACUGGGAAAAAUCCUGCUAUGGCUUAGUAUAGGUGUCACAAUCUCAGCCUGCCACAGGGACUUGGGGGCUUCACUUUCUCCUGCCUCAGAACUGAAAAUCUGUAGCCAGAGUACUGGGCAUCACAGUCAGCAGUCUGUCCAGUGCAAUUAAAGCUGAGCAUUAUGCAAGGGUCCAGUAAUCCUUAUUAGUGCAAAAUAUGUGUGUUGAGGGGGAAUUUAUAGAGAAAUUCCCUGGGGGAAUUUACAGAGAAAGUUAAAUGGCGAGGUUUUAGUAUUCGUCUAUUUGCAGUUUUCUAUCUUUAAAUAAUUAUUUAUCUUCAAUUUACUGUUGUGUUAAAAGUAAUUCAGAAGAGAACCACCCUACUUGUCUGUUUUCCAGCCCCUUCCCUGUAUCGGACUGAUACCUUAUAGGUGAUGUAAACCCUCUGAACACACACCAUGGGAAUAUGUUACACAUUGUGUUAGGGUAUAUCAUGCCACUGUGAACAGCAGGUCCCCUAACUCACACAGAGUGAUGGCGUGGUAAGGAUUAACUGGGGAGGUAGAAACAGUAAUUUGUAUGCAACCCCUUAGUAUUUGUUUCAUGGUCAAGGGGACACCUGAGCCUCUCAGCUUGUUGGGCUUAAGUAGGUAAGGCACACCAGUUUUUGAAGCUUACAGCGCUCAUGGGAGUAACAUGGUAAGCUUUAGGCUUGUCUUCCUCUGAGUCCUCAAAUGACCUGGUAUCCAGUUACCGUUGGAUCAUCUGUGGGUCAGCUGACUCCAAAGGAGGGUUUGAACCCACAGCAAAAUGUUAUAACCAAAUGUUAUACCAGCUCCUUCACAUAUAUAGUGAUAACCGUCAUUGUCAACCAUGCAUGCUUUUGGAAGUGACAUUUUUCAAAAUUGGUUGCCCAGCUUGACCUUUAAACAAUUGAAUACUGUUCUUCAAACCAACCACUGGACACUAAGAAGUUACAUCUCUUGUCUUUGAUUUCAGAUCAGAUAAGACAGGAGUCUUACCACAGAGCUGACAGAAGUGGUCUAAUAUCUAUGCUAACCUCUCAGUUAAGCUGAUUACCGACAAGGAGUAUCUUUCACCCUUUCUAUUUGCACUUUAUUGUAGUGUAAUUUCAUUCCCUUUGCUCCUAUACAUAUUUUGUUUCAUAAUUAAUUUAUGCAGGUGUACUACAGCAUGUUCUGUUCAUGCCUAAUUACCCUGUAACGUGACCGGUACUCAGUAAUAUGUCUCCAAACAGCACUCAGGAGAGGUUGAAGCUAAAGGUCUCUUAUUACAUUGUUGUCAGCUAAGAUUGAGGAAAUGUUUUCCUUCCUCCCUGAAGAAAAUAGGCAAGAGAGUCAUGAUGACUUCACCCAUCUCACAGUAAGGCAAGAGACAUAUAUCAUCAUUUGUAUAAUCUUGAUGUGAAAACUUCCUUGAAUGGUUUCAAAUGCACAAAUACAAGCUUGUAUUCGUAUAUUCUAGGCACAGAGCUUGAGGAGAAAAGAUGGCACCCCUGAUCCCUGCCAGAAUUAGUAGGAGCUGAGGGGAGACUGUACUUUAUAGGAGGGACUGAGAGCACUAGCCACAGGAUCCCUUACACAAUGCAGCUGGGAUCACAUUCUCUCUUGCCUCAUGCUCUCCUUUCUGUCUGUCUGCAUCCAUCUGUUGCGCAUUGUGUCUGGGGCUUACAGGAACUAUCAUUAUCCUGUCUGUUCAGCACACAUCUGAUGCAAAACACUAAGGUGUCCCUGCUCCUUUAUGAGCAGAAGCAGCUAAGCUAGAGGGCCCUGGGAGCUAGGCAGGGCUCCACAGCUGCAGGUAGCCUUGGCAGCAGUCUAAUGAGGGAAUUAGCUAGCACCUGCACCCAGUCAGCUGACCAGAAGGUGUCAGGACCCUGGGCACAUAUAAGCUGCAAGGGUGGGGCUGGUGGCAGUUAGUUCUCUGGCAGCAGCCAGGGGGAAGGAGCUCUUGCAGAAAAGCUACUUGGAGAUGCUUGUUUGCCUGUUCUGCUGUUGGGGGCAGGCUACCUAUGAUCUCCUAUGGGGAGACUGUCCAGGCAAUGUCAGUCCUGUUCCGGAGGGCUCCAGGUGUUCUUACUGAGCAUGUGCAGCCUUGGCACAAUGAGCACUUUAUCAAGGCGCUGCAAGACUACCAUGUGGUUGGACCUACAAAAGUAGAUGCAAAUGGGUGUUUUCUCUCCUACAAUUUGCAGCAUCAUACUUCAAGUGCCAGGAGAAAAAGAGACCUCAGUCAAAAGGAAAAUUUUGUAUAUUAUAAAAUUAGCCACAAGGAGAAGAACCUGUUUUUUAACUUGACUGUUAAUGAAGAAUUUCUUUCCAAUAACUAUGUACUGGAAAGGAGAUAUGGGAACUACACUGGUGCAAAAGUUGUGCCUCGCUCAGGAACUUCAUGUCACUUCAUUGGCGUGGUACUGCAUCCAGACGAUGGACAUGGGACUGCAGUGAUCAGCACUUGUAAUGGCCUGACGGGAUAUUUCCACCUGCCACGUGAGGACUACUUCAUUGAGCCUGUUCAAAAGUAUCCAGUGACAGAAGGAACACCUCACCUACACAUCAUCUAUAGAGCACAUGUCCCUCAAAAUGCUGAAAGGCAGAGACGGGAGGCCGUAUUGGAAAAGGAAGGAGCUUGUGGAUUGAACGAUACUUUCAGCUUUUUCAAACACCAAGAGCAUCGGAGGGAGAGGUGGGAAGGAAACCACGUGGCAGCCAAAACUCUCUCUCGGCGCUCUGUCAGUAAGGAGCGAUGGGUGGAGACACUUGUAGUUGCAGACAGUAAGAUGAUUGAAUACCAUGGAAGUGACAAUGUGGAAUCCUACAUCCUCACUAUAAUGAAUAUGGUCACAGGGUUAUUCCAUGAUCCAAGCAUUGGCAAUGCAAUCCACAUCGUGCUGGUUCGGCUUAUUCUUCUUGAGGAGGAAGAGCAAGGUUUGAAAAUUGUUCAUCAUGCAGAUAAGACAUUAGCCAGCUUCUGUAAAUGGCAGAAGAGCAUCAACCCUAAAAGUGAUGUCAACCCUAUACACCAUGAUGUGGCCGUCCUUAUAACUAGGAAGGACAUUUGUGCUGGCAUGAAUCGUCCCUGUGAAACCUUGGGUUUGUCUCAUCUGUCUGGUAUGUGUCAACCUCACCGGAGCUGUAAUAUUAAUGAAGAUUCUGGAUUGCCCUUGGCAUUCACUAUUGCACAUGAACUUGGACACAGUUUUGGUAUCCAGCAUGAUGGAAAAGAGAAUGACUGUGAGCCUGCUGGAAAGCGCCCAUACAUCAUGUCCCGGCAGCUACAGUAUGACCCUUCUCCACUUACCUGGUCACAGUGCAGCAAGGAAUACAUCACCCGUUUCCUAGACCGAGGGUGGGGAUUCUGCCUGGAUGAUAUCCCAAAGAAGAAGAUUUUAAAAUCCCCUUUCAUUGCCCCUGGUGUUAUCUAUGAUGUACAUCAUCAGUGCCAGCUGCAGUAUGGUCCCAAUGCUACUUUCUGUGAAGAGGUGGAUAAUAUCUGCCAGACACUCUGGUGUUCUGUGAAAGGUUCUUGCCGAUCAAAACUAGAUGCUGCUGCAGAUGGAACCAGAUGUGGAGAAAACAAGUGGUGCUUCACCCGUGAGUGUAUUACAGUGGGCAAGAAUCCAGAAGCAAUUAAUGGCGGAUGGGGUACUUGGUCCUCCUGGUCCCAUUGUACAAGGACAUGUGGAGCAGGAGUUCAGAGUUCAGAGAGACAAUGCAGUAACCCAGAGCCACAGUUUGGAGGAAAGUACUGCACGGGAGAAAGGAAACGCUAUCGCAUGUGUAACAUUAGCCCUUGUCAGGGAGGCAUGCCAACCUUUCGUCAGAUGCAAUGCAGUGAGUUUGACACAGUUCCCUACAAGAAUGAAUUCUACCAGUGGAUUCCAAUUUAUACCACAGCUAAUCCUUGCGAGCUCCACUGCCGUCCUGUGGAUGCUCAGUUUUCACAGAAAAUGCUGGAUGCAGUUCUUGAUGGUACUCCUUGCUUUGAAGGAAACAACGGCCGAGAUAUCUGUAUUAAUGGCAUGUGUAAGACUGUUGGCUGUGAUUAUGAGAUAAAUUCUAAUGCAACUGAAGAUCAAUGUGGAGUUUGCCUGGGAGAUGGCUCUGCUUGUCAGACGGUGAUGAUGAUGUUCAAUCAAAGUGAAGGAGUAGGUUAUGUUGACAUUGGGCUGAUUCCAAAAGGUGCAAGGGACAUCAGGGUCCUAGAAGUGACAGAAACAGAAAAUUUCCUUGCAGUACGGAGUGAAGACCCAGAAAAGUAUUACCUAAAUGGGGGUUUUAUUAUCCAGUGGAGUGGAGAGUACAAAGUAGCAGGAACAGUAUUUUUAUAUGCGAGAAAAGGAGAUCUAGAAAAUCUGACUGCAUCUGGACCCACCAAUGAGUCCGUGUGGAUACAGCUACUGUUUCAGGAGAAUAACCGUGGCAUAAAGUAUGAAUACACUAUACGUAAAGAAGGAAGCCAUGAGAAUGACAUAGGUGAGCCAGAAUUUUUUUGGCAAUAUGGAGACUGGACUGAUUGCAGCGUAACCUGUGGAAGAGGUAUUAGGCGACAGAUUGCCCACUGUGUGAGAAAGGGGAGUGGUGUGAUCAAAAACACGUUCUGUGACCCAGAGAUGCAACCAAAUGGACGACAAAAGAAAUGCAGUGAAAAGGAUUGUCCACCCAGGUGGUGGGCAGGAGAAUGGCAGAAGUGUUCAACCACAUGUGGCCCAACAGGACAGAAGAAGCGAACUGUCCUUUGCAUCCAAACUGUGGGAUCUGAUGAGCAGGCUUUGGCUGCUACUGAAUGCCAGCAUCUGCUUAAGCCAAAGAUUCACGCUUCAUGCAAUAGAGAUGUCCUAUGCCCAUCUGACUGGACAGUGAGCAACUGGACUGAGUGCACUGUUACUUGCGGUGGUGGGGUACGGACUCGUAACAUUACUUGUGCUAAAAACAAUGACGAGCCAUGUGAUAUUUCAAAAAGACCAAAUUCUAAGGCCCUGUGUGGACUCCAGCAAUGUCCUGCUAGAAAGUUGAUGAUAUCCCCACUAACACCCGAAAGAGGAAAGAUCCUAAUCAGAAAAACAGCUGGUAAUCCCAGAAGAGGCCCACCAGGCAGAAAAACCAUCCCUAAACCACGUCCAAGAGUCCAGGUGACAACAAAAGCACCUGAGACCAGAAGCACACUCACCCUGGCACCUACAUCUGCCAUUCCUGUCAACUCUUCUAAAGCCAUGGACAACAUGGAAAUAAAAAUUUCCCAGAACACUUCUACCAGAUCAGAUGAUGAUUAUAAUCCCCCCUCUGUGUUUAAUGGGAGCAGCUCACACCAAAAUAGCACUUUCUGUCCUAUAAGUAAUAGCUCAAAAAGUGAAAAUAUAAGGGAUGCCAAAAAUAUCUCUAAUACAAAACCAAGCACUACUUCAGAAGGGAUCAUGGUACCAAGAGGAGUGACCAGUCAUUCCUUCUCAUUUACUGGAAAUCCAGAAGUUACUCCAGGCUAUGAUUACUUAACCGAGGAAUCGGAUGAUACUGACUGGUCAGUAGGAGGAAGUGAAAAACCUACUGCCAUUCCUGACACCAUAAGCAACCCAGCAAUCAAAACAGAGAGCACAAGACCAAAAGCCAGCUCCGAUAUAAUAAAAAAUGAGAGUCAAACCCCCAAAGUCUCACCAACAUUUAUUCAAUAUGAAUCUUCUAUACCAUCUUCCAGCAGCAUAGUAGCAGAAACAAUGGCACCUUUAACAACAGCAAACCCCCGAAACAUCAGUGUACAGAUAGAUACACCUGUUACAAAUAUGGCCCCCACAGAAGGAUCUGUCACAAUAAAGCCAACAGUGUUUAGUGACAUAUUAAGGAAACAGAAUAAUAAUAGAAUGGAAAUGGAACACACUGACAAGAUAACUUACAGUCAGAGUACAAGAUCUCCAAGUCCUGGAGGUGCGCCAAAGAAUCAAAGUAUAAUUUCAGAGGAAAUUUGUCCAGAUACUACAGAACUAGACCAUCCAACAGUGUCCAACGGAUUGGGGAGUGGUAGCUACUGGAUUGUGGGGAACUGGAGUGAGUGUUCUACCACCUGCGGUCUGGGGGCUUUUUGGAGACACGUGGAAUGUAGCAGUAAGAAUGAGUCUGACUGUCAACAUGUUAAAAAACCUGACCCUGCAAGAAGAUGUUAUCUCCGCCCAUGUGCUAACUGGAAAACAGGAAACUGGAGUAAGUGCUCUACAAAUUGUGGUGGUGGUUUCAGGACCCGUGAUAUUCAGUGCACAGAUGUUCAUGAUAAGCGAGUUCUAAGGCCUUUUCAUUGCCAAUUAGUAGGACAUAAACCACAGCUGAACAUCCGUUGUAAUACAGAGCCCUGCAUGGAGUGGCGUGCGGAGCCCUGGAAUGAGUGUUCAAGAACAUGCGGUGGAGGCUGGCAAGAAAGACAUGUUUACUGCCCAGUUGAGGACUACUGUGACUGGAUGAAAAGGCCCAACUCCACUGCGCCUUGCAGAGAGCAACCUUGUACACAGUGGGUUAACGGGACGUGGAAUUCAUGCACCGUGUCCUGUGGAGGAGGUAUUCAGCAAAGAGCAGUAAUGUGUGUCAAUACAGAAAACUAUGCUACUGAAAAUCAAAGUAUGUGUGAGCAUGAGCCCAAGCCUCCAGAAUCUCAGAAAUGCAACCUCCUGGAGUGCAGGAAAAGUCCAGGCCUACUUUGCAACAAGGACAACAUGUCAGUUCAUUUCUGCCAAAAAUUAAAAGAGAUUGGCAAAUGUUUGAUACCAUCCAUACAGACUCAGUGCUGCUUCACAUGCAGCCAGACCCAAAUUUCUAAUAAAACAAGACAUGGGAAGCAGCAAGAAGACCUGAAAGAACAACACUACGCUAAACCUAGAAGAAAAUCAGCUCUAAUCAAAAAAAGGAACAGCCGACCUGUUGGGCACUAGCUGUUUGGAAUGUGUUGCAUUUAAUCAAGGCUUCUGUUUCCAGGUGUUUUUUCUCUUUUUGAUCCAUCCAGUUCAAGUAGAAAACUGGGAUUCAAAGGAAACAUACAUUUUUAGGGCAAUCUAUUCCAAUUUAUUCCUUCAAUCUUUCCUUUAUGAGAGUCGCAAAUUAAUCAUGAAUGAUUUAUAAUCCCUGUUUGUUCCUGGAUCAUCCUAUGCAUGCAGGUAUUACAGGUCAGGAACACGCUUACUGGAAUUUUUUGUCUUCAAAUGAAUGUAAUGCUUUUUGUUUUCCUCCAUUGGCAAAAAAAGAAUGAAAUUUAGUCUCCCAAAGCAGCUUAACAUAUCAGCUGAUACUAGUAUGUGUCACAGUUGGGUCCAAGAGCCUCAAAUGCUCAACAAAUAUUACUUAACAGUGCAAAAUGAUCCUCUUUAAUCUAUAACAAAGAUCUCUACCACAUAUUCCACACACUGAAUCAGUUAUUUCUGUUGGUGUCACUCUGUACUGCCUAAGUGGUGGAAAAAGUUAUUACAGCUCUCUCAAAGUCAGCUGAGGCCCUUAGUUUUGUGGGGUUUUUUUAAAUAUCUGUUUGAGCCAACUGUGUUUAUUUAAAUUGCUUCUUCACUGUUGUCCCUUUGAAAGGCUGAUAACAUAAAAAUACCAUCAUCCUUUGGUUACACAAUUGGUUAUGAACUUGUAUUUGUAGACUGGAUUUAAUUAUCAAAUUAUAUUAAACAAAAAAGUGCUUGAUACUUAACUGCUUAAAAGAUAUCUCAUAAAUACUUAGUUCUAGGCAGGAAUUUAUUGAUGCAAAUAUAUUAGCUAAUAUGUAACAUGUAUGAAUCUGUUAAUCAAGAUAAUGGGCCUGAUCUGGCACUAUUGAACCAAAUGGUGAACCUGAUUUGGGUGAGAACUACAUUGGGUCUCUUGAAUUAUGCAAGGGUUUGGUGCUCAAGUUCCAUUACAGUUCAACAGGAGUUGAACACACCUCAGCUCUUCAAGGGAGCAUGCAAUUCUCCAGUCUACCCUGAAGUGUCCUAAAGAGUUUCAGAAUGUGUUGUAUAAGGACUUCUUGGUUUAAUGCAGCUGUAAGAUAGAAUACACAGCCAGGAAUGGAAGUGCUGCUCUGGAAAAAGGGGUAGGAAUGUAAAUAGUCAUACUUGUAGGCUGACAUUGUAAACCUGAUUCAGUGUGCUAAUUAAGGCUUGUUGCUGGAACCAUGUAGGUAAGCACAGCCACUCACCUGCAUGGGACCAUUUGUGACUUCCAGCUAAGGGCUCUGUUCUUCACUUUAAGUCUUGUGUGACAUUGUGUGAGAUCAGGCCUCUUCAUUUGUGCAAGGCAGUUUAAACCCCAUUGCAGCUAAUGGUUUAUGACACUUUAAAACAGCUGUUAAAAAUGGUGCUAACCCCAUCCAGUAUAGCUGGAUGACAGCUACAGUGCUGUAUAGGGUGUAUAUUCAUGUGCAUAUACAUAACCUGCAGCACAUACAUUUCUAAAACUAUCCUUUCUGUGGUGUUACUGGACAGUGCUAGGUCUCUUGCUUAUUAUAUAGAGUGAUUUGCUUUAAAAAUGGUUUGCUUUUAUCUUUCAAAAUCUUGAAGAAUGAGUGUUACACUGAGAAAUAAAAUUGAAACUCAUUCGUAUUAUUUGUGUACAAAAUUAUUAAAUAAAAUAAGAGGCUAGAAGUGGUGCUUGUUUGGCUCUGGGGAAUGGUUCCACAGGGUUUUCCCAUGCAGCUCUGUUUUCUCAAGCAGAGACUAUGCGGCCAAGUCCUAUGCAAUUCCUUGAGGGCCAACAGCUAACCCACCUAUGUCAAUAUAAAUUGUGUUUGCUGUCCAGCAGCAUCUCUCAGGAACUGGGACUGAAAAAUUAAAGAGAUUUGCUUCUCCACUGAAUCCUUUAGGCUCAGAGUGACCUAGGGCAUUUUGCCCACAUGGAACAAAAUGGGCUAGUAGACUCAUACCUGGACCACUCAUACAGGAGACUGACCAAAUGAGCAAAGUGGAAGCAUGAAUAUAUGAUACCCAGCUGGGAUCUCCUACGCUCACUACAGCCAUGAUGGAGUAAAUAGCAUUUCCAGCUUCAUUAUUUUCUUCAGGGAAAUGUGUUUUAUUUAAACUUGUUGGACGUGAAUUGGUGACAGGUCAUGAACAUUAAUCAAAUGAUCUUCACUACCUAGAGGGCCAAAGAGUAGUAUUACCACAGCUGGUACUAAGCUUAAAACUUUUUUAAAAGACUGUGACAAGCCUUUGUACUCCCACAAUGCAAUAUAUUAUUCUGUUCUGCAGGUUCUUAUACUGAAUUCAUCACCUCUGUGCCUACAAUAUACUGACUGCAUCUGCAACUGACUGCCUUGAUCAGUUUAGCAAGUUUCUGUUUUUAUAAAAUUAAUCUUUUAAAUAAAACUGGGAUUGUGGCCUUAGUUCUAAGGAUUACUAACCUCAAAAUUGAAUUAACUGCAGCCUACAUGCACAGUGUAAUCAUGUUACUUUCUUAUUCAGAGUCUUGUCUGAAUCCAUAAGUUGCUCUACAGUUCUCUUUGCCCAGUAUCUGCCCUACCUAUCCUAGCACUUAACUGCUUAAAAGGCAAAUAUUAACAGUUUAUUUUUUACAUUUCAAUAAAUGGCAUUGCUUAUG